AUGCGUUUCCCUACCAUUCAGCUUGUCGGCCUUAUGGGGUUCCAGGCAGUCUUUGGACAUCCUGCGCCCGCAAACAAGCUGCACAACGACCUCGGCAAACGGAGUGCAGCAGCAUUCGCGUCCGGCAACGCCCUUGUCCAACGAGGCAUCAAGGGCGAGCUUUACAAGAUGGAGAUCACGGUCGGGGACAAGAUCGCCACAGGCACCGACGGCACCGUAUACAAGGCAACAGUCCCAGAUUCACCAGGCUUCGAUAGCAGCACCACAUUCGCGUACAAGACAGACUACGCUAACCCGGCGUCGGUGAAGACCGAGUACGCGGCGUACAAGGCGAUCGACGGCCAGAAGAUCGGGCCGGGGUUCGAGGCAAUCGUCUAUGACGAGGAGUCUGAAAACGUUGACGAAAGCGGAGUCUUGCUGGAGUACUGGGACACGACGCCGACUGACAAGAGCAGCAAGGACCAUGCCAAGGGUGCCAUGAAGGCCCUCAAGGCCAUGCAUGACAUUGGCUGGGUUCAUGGCGACGCUUGGUCUGUCAACAACGUCCUCGUCGGCAAGUCGGAUGGCCAGGUCAGGCUUGUCGAUUUCGCCAAGUCGGAGAAGACGAACGAUGCCAGAAAGAUGGAGGAAGACAUCGACGCGUUGAAGUCGGCUUUUGACGGCGUGGAGUGGGAUGGCGAUGAGGUCAAGGAGUAA